GAAAACAAGCUAAUAUAAACACAACAGAGAAGGCCGCCAUUGUAAGAACUCAUGAGGUUAACUUUCUAUUUCAUCUUGCCAGUUUUGGCAACUGUAUGUCGGGGCUACACCCUGAAGAACUCGGUCUCCUGGAUGGUCUCCGCCAGCGAUGUGGUGGGAGACGCCGACCUGUCGGAGGAGGUCGCCCCGGCUUUGCUAGUGAAUGGUGGCGGUUUAUGGAAGCAGGCGUAUCCCUCCCAGAACGUCCUCCGGGACAGCAGCAUGGAGAGUCCUGAGGAGCAAAUGGAGGCUGAGGUCGACUCUACCACCGUCCAGCGUCGUUCUCGCCUUUUCUCUUACAAGCGGGAGAAGAAUGCAAAGGCAGGUGGUGGAAACGGCCCUCCCCCGCACCAGGAGACCGCCAGGACUGCUCGGUAUAUCGUCCAUAGCAGCGAUUGGGGAUGCCUGGCCACCAUUUCUACUCAAGACAAGAUCAAAGGUGUCCCUUUUGGGAACAUUUUCUCUGUCAGUGAUGGACCAGUGGACAACAGCACCGGAGUCAUCUACUUUUAUAUGACCCCCAAGGAUAUCACAGUGGUAGACUUGAAAGAGAACCCCUUUGCUUCCAUCACAUUUUCAGAGGCAGAGGGGCCUUUCUGCAGACAAAUGGUGUAUGAUCCAGAAGAUCCCAGGUGUGCCCGACUCACGCUGACAGGCAAGAUGGUGGAGGUAGCUCCAGAGGAGCUCGCCUUUGCCAAGGAGGCAAUGUUCUCCAGGCAUCCCGAGAUGGCAAAGUGGCCUGCGGGACACAAGUGGUUCUUCAUGAAGCUGGAGCUGAUUCAAGUCUGGCUGCAGGACUGGCUCGGAGGCACACAGCUCAUUCCGCUGGAGGAAUAUUUCAAAGCUUUACCCUUCUGAGGAUACCGCUUCCUCAGCAUCAUCGCAUCAGUCAGCCUAAAACAUCAUAGAUGUGUCUAGUGGAUUCCAAGUGAAGCUAUGAAUAAGUGGUUUUAAUUGAUUACUGAUUUAAUGCGGUGUGUAAGGCAAGCAAACUAGCUAACUGAAUGGUAUGCGACAUCACCGUUUGCGUAAAAAGUGCACCGAUCUGAUGUACCGCUUGCCAUAGUAGGGUCACAGCUGGGCUGGAGCCUAUCCCAGCUGAGAGGUGGGGUACCCUCUGAACAUGCAAAGUCCACACAGAGGAGAUCCGACUCAGUCUCCUGACUGUGAGGCAGAAGUGCCAACCACUAUACAGACGUGCUGCCGGAAAGUGAGUCAUGUAAUGUAUUGCGAGUGUAUGUUCACCUUCAAUUCUGUGUGGGUUUUUUUUCUUAAUUCUUCUUAAUUAAAGAAGGCUUGCAUA